GCUUGGUCACGUGUCUAAACGCUGACUCACGGUAGGUUACUAAGAGUCAUCACUUUUCGCCAGCGAUCGGCGUGAAUGUUGUGCAGUACAAUAUUUAGGAAAAUAUUAAGAAUAAACUGCCGUUCUUACAUUGUAACCACAACUCACACCAUGGCCCCAACAAAUCCAAGUAAAGGAAAGAAGCUGAAGUUGGUUUCGCGACGAUUAGACGACAUUCUAAGUGUCCAUGAUGGAAUUGUGAAAUCGGAUUCAGAUAAACGUGAAUACCGUGGUCUACAAUUAAACAAUGGGUUAAAAAUAAUGCUGAUUAGCGAUCCAAAAACCGACAAAUCUGCUGCUUCUAUGGAUGUUAAUGUUGGUAGUUUAUCCGACCCAAAAGAAUUGGAAGGACUCGCUCACUUCUGUGAACACAUGUUGUUUCUUGGAACCGAGAAAUAUCCUGAUGAAGAUGAAUAUAGCAAAUUUCUGAGUCAACAUGCAGGAAACUCCAAUGCAUAUACAUCAGAUGAUCAUACAAACUAUUACUUUGAUGUGGGACAUAAACAUCUGAAAGAAAUACUGGACAGAUUUUCUCAAUUCUUCAUCUGCCCUCUCUUUGACGCGAGUUGCACGGACCGUGAAAUGAACGCGGUGCACUCGGAGCAUGAGAAGAACGUGAUGUCCGAUGGGUGGAGACUUCAGAGACUUGAUAAAGCAACAGCUAACCCUAACCAUCCAUAUUCACAGUUUGGCACUGGUAACAAAGAGACCCUUGACUCUGAGCCUAAAAAAAAAGACAUUUGUGUUCGCGAUGAACUGCUCAAGUUUCAUGACUCAAUGUACUCAGCAAAUAUUAUGGCCCUUGCUGUGUUGGGGCGAGAGUCAUUAGAUGAACUGACAGAUAUGGUUACGCCCAUGUUUUCUUCUAUUAAAAACAAACAACUAACUGUGGAGACUUACACUGAAUCACCAUACACUGAGAAAGAACUAAAGGUCUGCAUGAAAGUGGUUCCAGUUAAAGAUGUUAGAAACCUUGUGCUAACCUUCCCAAUUCCUGAUCUCACUGAACAUUACCAAUCCAAUCCGGGUUCUUACCUUGGUCACCUGAUCGGGCACGAGGGGCCGGGAAGUUUGUUGUCUGAGUUAAAAUCAAGAGGUUGGGUGAAUUCCCUGAUGGCGGGUGAAAAAGGGGGAGCUCGUGGGUUUGACUUCUUCAUAAUUCAAGUUGAUUUAACUAAAGAAGGAAUGGCACAUGUGGAUGACAUAGUAGUUUGUAUGUACCAAUAUAUUGAUAUGUUAAAAACAAGUGGAACACCCUCGUGGAUAUUUCAAGAAAUUAAAGAUCUUAACAACAUGAGCUUUAAAUUUAAAGACAAAGAAAAGCCAACUUCAUGUGUGCAGAACUGCAGUGAGUCGAUGCAUUACUUUCCAAUGGAAGACGUAUUAUCAGCAGGUCACCUCGUGAAGGAAUUCCGACCAGACCUUGUUGAAGAUCUCCUUGCAAGGCUUAACCCCGAUAAUAUGAGAAUAACCCUUGUAUCGAAAUCCUACAAAGAUGAAGUUGACGUUACCGAGAGGUGGUACGGAGCAAAAUACAACCUCACCCCCAUCUCCGAGGAUCUUCUCAACAAUUGUCGCAAAGUAACCCCCUCAUCCAAGUUCCAUCUCCCACCCCCCAAUGAAUUCAUUCCAACCAACUUCACGAUUGCCCCCCUUCCACAAGGGAGUUCCCCUGUACCAGAACUGAUAAAGAGAAACCAGUUAUCGCAUGUUUGGUUCAAACAAGAUGAUAAAUUCAAACUCCCUAAAGCUUGCAUAUUAUUUGAGUUGUUCAGUCCAGUGGCUUACUCAUUUCCCCAGCAUUGUAACAUGGUGUAUAUGUUUACUGAGUUGUUUAAGGAUGCAUUGAAUGAAUACGCAUAUGCUGCUGAACUUGCUGGAUUGAGUUAUAAGUUUAGCAACAGUGUCUAUGGUAUUCAUUUGACCAUCAAAGGUUACAACAACACGCAACGAGUUCUACUGGAGAAGAUUUUGACGAAAAUGACAACUUUCAGUGUUGACCAGAAAAGAUUCCACGUUAUCAAGGAAUUGUACACAAGGUCACUUAAGAACUUUAAGGCUGACCAACCGUACCAGCAUGCAUCCUACUUCAGUCAUGUAGUCAAGUCCGAGAAGGCUUGGACCAAGGAUGAACUGAGUGCAGAACUCGUCAACCUGACUUCAGAGAUGCUGCAAGAAUUCAUUCCAAAGUUUAUGAAGAGAUUGCAUGUACAGAUGCUUAUGCAUGGCAACCUCACAAAAGCUGAGGCACUAAAGAUAUCUGAAACAGUUGAAGAGAUAUUACAACACAAAGCAUUGACUGAACCACUAUUGCCAACUGAGCUGCAGAAACAUAGACAAUUUAAAAUACCCAACGGUAGUUCAUAUGUGUUCCAAUAUAAAAACCAAGUUCGAAAGAUCUCAUCUAUGCUGGUUUACUUACAAGUUGGUCUACAGAACACAACAGAUAACAUGUUGUUGCAACUAUUAGCACAAGUUAUAUCGGAACCUUGUUUCAAUAUACUACGUACAAGAGAGCAGUUAGGUUACAUUGUGUUCAGUAGUGUUGAUCGUGGUAAUGGAGUUCAAGGUCUAAGAAUCAUUAUCCAAUCUGAGCGAACACCUAGUUAUUUGGAAGGAAGAGCUGAGGCUUUCAUUGAACACGUUGGGGAUCACCUUAAUGAGAUGAGUGAAGCUGAGUUCCAAAAACACGUUUCUUCACUUGCUGCACAAAUAUUGGAGAAACCAAAGAAAUUGGGGACGGAAACAUUAAAGUAUUGGUCGGAACUUUUGUCGGAACAAUUGUUUUUUAAAAGAGAUGAGGUUGAAGCCGAACAUUUAAAAACUUUGACCAAACCGAUGUUACAAGAUUUCUAUAAACGGUACAUCCAUGUUUCAGCACCAGAGCGUUCCAAACUAACUGUUCAUGUGCUCGGGAAAAAUUUAGAUAGUUGUCCAACUCAAGCAGAGCCAACAUGUCAAGGUGAUUUGCUUCCAUGUCCAAAACUUCCAGAAUCAACAUUGAUAUCCGAUGUAAACCAAUUCAAACAAAGUCUUGAGUUAUACCCACGUGUACGACCAUAUUUGGACAUCAACGAGGCUAAACUAUAAUAUUUGUGAUUCAUGUUGUUGUGAAGACACAGAAUGAGGUCUUAAGAUUUCUAUGUUUGUCGGCUAUUAUUUCUAUGUUGUGCUUUAUUUGUCCGCUGCUGUAAUUACCUGCAUAACUUUGAUAAGACCAAUGAAUAUGAAAUUUUUGUUCCUCGUUUUUCAAUGUUGCUCAGAUUAAAUGGUUUUAGGAAAAUUGUUUGUUUGUUUUAAUUAUCUGUUGGUAAUAAAAUUAAACAACAAAAAA